AUGUCUUUACCCAGAAUCGCUAUCAACGGUUUUGGCCGUAUUGGUCGAACCAUUACUCGUAUUGCCAAACUGCGUCGUCACUAUGAUGUCAUUGCGGUCAAUGAUCUGGCGGACCCGGAUGAUCUGGCUUAUGCGUUUAAAUACGACAGCAUCCACGGCAAGUAUGCCGGUGAAGUUGCUUUGAACGGCAACGAACUGCGCAUUGAUGGUGACCCCUUUAUUGUUCUGCAGGAGCCAGACCCCCGCAAACUGCCCUGGAAGGAACUGGGGGUUGAUUAUGUGGUUGAAAGCAGUGGUCGAUUCAGGCGUCUUGAAGAGUUGAACUGGCACCUUGAAGCGGGCGCGAAGCGUGUUCUGUUGACGGUCCCCUGUAAAGACCCGCUGGAAGCCACCAUCGUUAUGGGUGUCAACGAUCAUGUUGUGACCAAAGACACCCGCAUCAUCAGUAAUGCCAGUUGCACAACCAACUGUGCCGCGCCGAUCGCAAAGGUGCUGCAUGACAACUUUGGCAUAAAAAGAGGUUUGCUGACUACCGUACAUGCUUACACUUCAGAUCAGCGCCUGAUCGAUGCGCCCCAUGCAGACAAGCGUCGUUCACGCAGCGCGGCCACGAAUAUUGUGCCAACCUCGACCGGCGCAGCUCGCGCCAUAGGCCUGGUAGUGCCUGAACUGGCAGGGCGUCUGGAUGGGAUGGCCAUGCGGGUACCUGUGCCCGACGGCAGCGUGGUUGAUCUAACGGUGGAGCUCGAGCGCGAUGUUUCAGAAACCGAAAUCAACGAAGCCAUGCAGCGGGCGGCGGAAGGCCCGAUGCGGGGUAUAUUGUCUUAUUGCACGGAUCCAAUCGUGUCCGGGGAUGUGAUCGGCGACAGCCACUCCAGCGUAUUUGAUGCGGGCCUGACUCAGGUGAUUUAUCGGCGUAUGGCUAAAGUCAUCAGUUGGUACGAUAACGAAUGGGGUUACAGCACCCGGGUCGAGGAAUUGAUAGAUCGUGUUGCCCAGCUUGAUGCCUGA